GAUUGGCUUAACGUCAGCGUUAGGCAAAGUGUUAGCAGUGUGGUUUUGGUUAGGGUUGAUGUUAGGGUUAGGUUAUAAAAUCAAAAUUUAAGAAGAUAUAUGCGGGCUUAGCCAUAAUUGCUGGCUGUGGUAACUAGUGACGACCACACGCGCACACCUCAGUGGCAAAACGAGGGGACGCGCUAUAGACGGACAGACAGCUAGAAAUGGAAAUGCAGACAAAAUGCAGCGUCUCCGCUCUGUGAGCUGCAUACACCAGAUUCACUGCCCUAAAUCCUCCCAAUAACGCUGUUGUCGUUGCAAAAAAAAAGGGAUUUAGGUUUAACAAUCGUCCUUCGCGGCAGACAGCGUUUGGUGACUGGACUAGUGGUGCGUCUUCCGUUCUGUCGCUGCCGCAGAGCGUUCUUCUUCUCUUCAGUCGAGCCAGGGCUGUUGUACAGAAGCCAUCGCUGUAUGAUUCGCCUUGUUCUGCGCUGUUUUCAGCCUUCUAUCUAUUCGUUCGUGCGGUAAAGCGCUGGUGGUGAAGUCAACGACAACGCUAGUGUGGAUCUAGUGGGCGCAUUACAUCCAUCUCUGUCGCGUCUACGGUCUGCUACACUGCUGUCGCUUUCAGGAUGGCGCUAACGAUUUGCACGAGAUUCACCGAUGAAUUCCAGCUUUUCGAGGAGCUGGGGAAGGGAGCGUUCUCUGUGGUGAAGAGAUGUCUCAGGAUCUCCUCUGGUCAGGAGUUUGCUGCCAAAAUCAUAAACACCAAGAAAUUGUCUGCCAGAGACCACCAGAAGCUUGAGAGAGAGGCCAGGAUUUGCCGUCUGCUGAAACAUCCCAAUAUUGUGAGGCUUCAUGACAGUAUAUCAGAGGAGGGCUUCCACUACCUGCUGUUUGAUCUGGUGACUGGAGGAGAGCUGUUUGAGGACAUCGUAGCCAGGGAGUACUACAGUGAGGCUGACGCCAGUCAUUGCAUACAGCAGAUUGUAGAGAGUGUUCAUCACUGCCAUGUCAAUGGUAUCGUUCACAGGGACCUGAAGCCUGAGAACCUCCUAUUGGCCAGUAAGCUGAAGGGGGCGGCGGUUAAGCUAGCUGACUUUGGGCUCGCCAUCGAGGUGCAGGGCGACCAACAGGCAUGGUUUGGUUUUGCUGGUACACCAGGCUACCUGUCUCCAGAGGUUCUGAGAAAAGACCCAUAUGGGAAGCCUGUGGACAUGUGGGCUUGUGGGGUGAUCCUGUACAUCCUAUUGGUCGGUUAUCCUCCCUUCUGGGACGAGGACCAACACAGACUGUACCAGCAGAUCAAGGCUGGGGCCUACGAUUUCCCGUCCCCAGAGUGGGACACAGUGACUCCUGAUGCCAAAGACCUGAUCAAUAAGAUGUUGACCAUCAACCCCGGCAAACGCAUCACCACCGCAGAGGCCCUCAAACACCCCUGGAUCUGUCAACGGUCCACUGUAGCUUCCAUGAUGCACAGACAGGAGACUGUGGAGUGUCUGAAGAAGUUCAACGCCAGGAGAAAACUCAAGGGAGCCAUUUUGACCACUUUGCUGGUAACAAAAAACUUCUCAGUCAAGAGUCUGCUGAACAAGAAGGCUGAUGCCGUCAAGGCGAACAACAAAGCCAACACAGUGACCAGUCCUAAAGCCAACACAGUGACCUGUCCUAAAGACACCAGCUUAACCCCAUCACUGGAGCCCCAGACCACAGUGAUCCACAACCCAAUAGAUGGGAAGAAGGAGUCUAUAGAGAGCGCCAACACCACCAUCGAGGACGAGGAUGUCAAAGCUCGGAAGCAGGAAAUUAUCAAAGUCACAGAGCAGCUGAUCGAAUCCAUCAACAACGGAGACUUCGAGGCCUACGGGAAGCUCUGUGAUCCUGGUCUGACGUCGUUUGAACCAGAAGCUCUGGGGAACCUGGUAGAGGGACAUGACUUCCAUCGCUUCUACUUCGACAACGCCCUGUCUAAAGGUAGCAAGCCGGUGCACACCAUCCUCCUCAACCCUCACGUCCAUCUGAUAGCGGAGAACGCUGCGUGCAUCGCCUACAUCCGCCUGAGCCAGUACAUGGACGCGGGAGGGAUGCCUCGCACCAUGCAGUCUGAGGAGACCCGCGUCUGGCAUCGCAGAGAGGGAAGGUGGCAGAACAUACACUUCCACCGCUCGGGCUCGCCCAGCGUACCAUCCCAUUAAUGGAAUAUCAAGCUUCAGUCUAAACUCCCAAGACAGGCAACAAUCAACAAGCCAACCCGUGUUCUCCAUUUAACCUCUAACCCCUGACCCCUCUGUAUGGACAUGACAUCACACAGGAAAAGGAUAUCAACCCUAAAAGGUCGUCAGGUCAUCCUAACCACCUAGAGUGUGUCCCUAAAUGGCACCCUAUUCCCUACAUAGGGCCCAUGGGCUCUGGUCUAAAGUAGUGUCCUACAUAGGGAAUAGAGCUCUGGUCAAAAGUAGUGCACUAUAUAGGGAAUAGGGUUUCGUUUGGGACUCAACCCCCACCUAGAGCAGCCUGCAGCAGACCGUGGUCGUUAUCCACUGGAGCAUAUUACCUGACAUUUGGUUAUCGGGUUUUUAAACUGUUUAUGGUGCAUUUUAAAUGUAUAGAGAUGUUUAAAAAUCUACUGCUGUCACUCCUCCCAUUUUGAACUUGUAUUGUUACGUGUGUUUUACGUGUUGCAAUACGAAAUAUUUAAAGAUCAGAAUGUUAAAAUCGAGCUUGCUUUUGUUCUGGUGAAAUGUAUAUAUAUCUUGUGAUUGUUGAUAAAACAAAUUAAAUAAAAAAAAAACAUUAAAUUGCUAUAUCAUAGGAGUUUUAAGACCUUUCGUUAAAAUUCUGUAUGUAAGUUUAUGUUUGCGUUGAGCUACUUGCUAAUGUUUGGUUGAGCUAGGUGCUAAUGUUUGGUUGAGCUAGGUGCUAAUGUUUGGUUGAGCUAGUUGCUUAUGUUUUGUUGAGCUAGGUGCUAAUGUUUGCUUUGAGCUACUUGCUAAUGUUUGGUUGAGCUAGGUGCUAAUGUUUGGUUGAGCUAGUUGCUAAUGUUUUGUUGAGCUCGUUGCUAAUGUUUGGUUGACCUAGUUGCUAAUGCUUUGUUGAGCUAGGUGCUAAUGUUUGGUUGAGCUAGUUGCUAAUGUUUUGUUGAGCUAGGUGCUAAUGUUUGGUUGAGCUAGGUGCUAAUGUUUGGUUGAGCUAGUUGCUAAUGUUUUGUAGUGCUAGGUGCUAAUGUUUGGUUGAGCUCGUUGCUAAUGUUUUGUUGAGCUAGGUACUAAUGUUUGUUUGAGCUCGUUGUUCAUGUUUGAGUAAUUGGGUUUGGACAUUAUGUACUCCUUAUUUAACUCAUAGAAUUGCAAAAUUCCCAGGUUUUCCAGAAAUCCUGGUUGGAAGAGUCCCAGAAUCAGGAGAAAACAAGCAGCAAAUCCGGAACCCUCCAACCAGGAUUCCUGGAAAACCUGGACAAUUUGGGAACGUUACCAGAAUUUUGCAACCCAACGCCCAACCUUGGUCUAAAGUAGUGCACUAUAUAGGGAAUAGGGCUCUGGUCACUAGUAGUUCACUAUGUAGAGAAUAGGGCCCUGGUCACUAGUAGUUCACUAUAUAGGGAAUAGGGCUCUGGUCACUAGUAGUUCACUAUAUAGUGAAUAGGGCUCUAGUCUAUAGUAGUUCACUAUAUAGGGAAUAGGGUUCUGGUCACUUGUAGUUCACUAUAUAGGGAAUAGGGCUCUGGUCACUAGUAGUUCACUAUAUAGGGAGUAGGGAAUAGGGUGCUAGUUGGGAUGUAACCAGUGAGAUGUGUUUGUUUGCCUUCAUAACAGAUGGCCUCAUUAUGCCAUUAUGAGAAAUAAAGACCACAUUGGUAGGUAUGCAUGGGGGGCGGGGUUAUCGGGAGUAUGAAUAUAUUAUAAUAAUGAGAAUAUUUUGUUUAUAUGUGUGAAUCACUGAGAUGUUUGUUGAUAAUGUUGAACAUCGGUCCUGUUGUCUUCAACCAGACCUCAUGUCUGUCCUUCCUGUUGUCUUCAACCAGUCCUCAUGUCUGUCCUUCCUGUUCUCUUCAACCAGUCCUCCUGUCUGUCCUUCCUGUUCUCUUCAACCGGUCCUCUUGUCUGUCCUUCCUGUUGUCUUCAACCAGUCCUCAUGUCUGUCCUUCCUGUUCUCUUCAACCAGUACUCAUGUCUGUCCUUCCUGUUCUCUUCAACCAGUCCUCUUGUCUGUCCUUCCUGUUGUCUUCAACCAGUCCUCAUGUCUGUCCUUCCUGUUCUCUUCAACCAGUACUCAUGUCUGUCCUUCCUGUUCUCUUCAACCAGUCCUCUUGUCUGUCCUUCCCGUUGUCUUCAACCAGUCCUCAUGUCUGUCCUUCCUGUUCUCUUCAACCAGUCCUCAUGUCUGUCCUUCCUGUUCUCUUCAACCAGUUCUCAUGUCUGUCCUUCCUGUUGUCUUCAACCAGUUUCAUUAGCCCCGUUUAUACUUGGUUCUAACAUGCGUCCACAUUCUGAUUGUGCCCACAUGCAGGUCUACACAUGGUAUUAAAAUGUGUAUCUUAUUCGUC